UGGGGAAGAUUUGCAGAUAUCUGGCAUACCAAGCCAUCAUUAAUGAUGUUUCAUGAUCAGAAGAUAAUGACUCGGUGCCUUUGAAGACUGAAAUGAAGCUUUCUGUGCAGUGACAAACAGCCAUGGUGAAGAGUUCUAAUUUGACAACAAAACAACCUAAGCCCCUUUUAUGAGGUGGGGAGUGUGUCUCAGGCAAUAAACACUUAAGUAAUUAGAUGUUUUUAUGGAGAUUGCUAUAUUCUGAAACAUAGGGAAAGAAAUCUGGGUAAUUGGCCAACACCCAGGGAGGUGGGUAUAUAAGAGCCAGUUCAGAAGAGAGAAGCAUUGAGACACCAAGACACUUCUCCUGUCAACCAAACAAAAUCCCAACUCUUGACACCAUGGCUAGCUGUGGAAUCAGCCAGAGCUGCUGCAGUGUCCCUACCGGUCCAGCCACCACCAUCUGCUCCUCUGACAAGUGCUGCCGGUGUGGAGUCUGCCUGCCCAGCACUUGCCCACAUGAGAUCAGCCUCCUUCAGCCCAUCUGCUGCGAUACUUGCCCCCCACCCUGCUGUGAACCUGACACCUACGUGCCAACUUGUUGGCUGCUCAACUCUUCCUACCCAACUCCUGGACUCUUUGGCAUCAACCUGACUACCUACACUCAGCCUUGCAGUCAAAAUCCCUGUGAGCCCAGCUGUUAA